AUGGAUCUCAUUACUAGGAUGGACCAUGGUAUCCUUCACGGAGAGAGAUUCUGGUCUCUCAGUCCGACCCUCCAAACCAAGAUCCCUUCCUUCUGGCGGAGGCGACGACAGCUUUCCAUUGGCGAUCUUCCCGUCGAGAUCUUCGCUGCCAUCUGUCGCAAUCUCUGCGUGCAUUGCCAGCAUGCACAUGUUGUCGAUCUCCCGCCAGAUGAGAUCGACCACGCCAUUGAGGCACAGCAGGCAUUAUCGCGGCUGAGCCGCACAUGUCGUCGCUUUCGCAACAUCGCUCAGCCCAUUCUGCAUCAUUGCUACCACUCUGGAAGGCAAUCGGAGUUGUCGAAUAGCCCUGAGUGGUGGGCCGACGCUGAUGCUAGAAGACGUGAGGUUGAGACUCUCGAGACAUUUCUUCGUACACUCCUCGAGCGGCCUGACUUGGCCAAGCAUGUCCGCGCUGUCGCAUUCUUUGCGCUGAGAGAGGUGACCGCUCGUCAGAUUUCUAAAGAAACACAGGCUCUUUUUCGACAGGCUGGCGAGCGAGCUGGCUUUCGCGCUCUGCCUACAUAUGAGCAGGUCGACUCAAAGUGGUUACAAGAAGCCUCCAUCAUGGCCGCGCCUUUUGUAGAGCAAUUACUCAUCUACCGAUCAUCCCAAGAAGGACUUCAGUACAUAAGGGACUCACCCUUCUAUCUACCAAACCUCAAAUACCUGGUAUUGCCUGGUCAGGGCAAGAACCCUGACGAAUGCUGCCAUAUACAACAAAUGCAGGAUAUGCUGGCCAAGGCUCAAAACCUCGAGGUACUUGCAGCCAGUGAUGCCGACUGCGGGACUGACAUUCCCCUGCGAGAGCGCUUUCGUGCAGAGCCAUGGGACACUGCUCUCUCAAGUCUUCGUCGUCUAUCAUUGCAUGGCUUAGAUCCAGAUAGUCUAGCCAAGAUCCUUCGUCGCAGUCCUGUCCUAGAAGACCUCGAAUACUUCUGCGACAUGGAUAAGUAUACUGUCCUUCAACAUAACCACCUUGCGCCAGUGAGUCGGUCACUAAGGCGAUUAUGCUACACUAGCACAACAUGGGAGCACACAUCCGGCGGCGCACAAGAUAUCAUUGAACAGGUAUCGAUAUUUCUACGCUGGGACACAUCACUUCGCGGUGACGCCAGCUUUGCCGACUUCCCUCGCCUCGAAAUUCUCGAGAUUGAACAGCUUCUUCUAUACGGACCUUUAUUUGAUGAUCAAGAAGAACGAAGACAACGUUUCGAAUCAAUGAAAGAAAGUGGCCCCGAGAUCUUCAUGGCGAGUCUUCCCUCGUCAUUACAUAUCCUCCACAUAGGCAUGGUACUGGCUUGGCCGGAAAUGCAUCGCGAUUUACUCGGUAUGGCAGAGAAAUUAUAUCGUUUUCAGAAUUUGAGUGUAGUUGCCGUGGAUCCAUACGAGGAGCCGCCCCAAGAGGAGAUCAAGGAGCUAGAAGAUGCUUUUAUGGCAAAGGGUGUUGUCUUUCGGAUAGGACAGACAACGCAGGUGCCCUUUGGGAGGGGUAUGCUAGGUGUUAGGCCAGGGCAUCCUGAAAGACUCAGUGAGAGGGAACUCAAGUUUCCGUUGAAUCAUAGGAAUCAGUCAUACUUGGACUUUUUAGACUUUUAA